UUCCUCAAUUCGGAGUAUAGUGGGAUCUUACCUGUUCUGUUUCUUUUGGCUAGUUUUUCGCUUCAGGCACGGGAACGGGCAACGCACUUGACUAUUCAAAACCGCGAUGACCGGUGCACGUAUUAUAUUUUGCUCUAGAAUUUAU